ACAGCGGCACAAGAGCACACGCAUUCCACAGCAGCCUUUCGCGCAUCGUUUGUUUUCCUUGUCAAGAAACCCGCAAACAGAAAACACACUGGGAAGACAUCGAGGAAAAGUGGAAAAACAUCAUUUUUGAUGGACUAUUGCGAGUUUAGCAGUUUGUUUACAUAGUAAAUCGGGCAUUUAUUCACUGUCGGACAUGACGCAUUCCUACAGUCAACGUUCUCUCGUAGUACUCGCGUUUUUAGGGAUUCUGUCCGCAAUAAUGUCCGUAUUGUCCGUCAUUUUGAUCUUCCAGCUUCAAACGCAACAGGCUGUUAUAAAUGAUUCGCCUACUUUCGGCUCGAGUGAGAUCACAGCUGUGUUAAUGCCCGUUUCUACGGUCCUCUCAGCCUUGUCUUUGACACUCAACUUGAGCUCUGUUGUUGUGUGUUUGCUUCACAGCUAUUUCGCUACUGAAAUAUGCCGAGGAGAACCAGAUACACAAAGGGCUGACUGGUUUCUAUUGGAUAGCAGGGUUGUCCGGCAUGUGACCAUUGGACUGUUUUGCCUCGGAGUUUCAGUUUACUUAGCUGCCAUGUCUAUUUACAUGUUAUUGGUGUUUGAAGUCGAGACGGGCAUAGCCAGCGUGUGCGUGCUCUCCUCCGGUGUCCUCGUCCUGCUACUCAUCGUUAUUCACUCUCUAAUACGGGCUGCACAUACAGCCAAACACUUCCGCAACGAACAUGCCCACACCAUGUACCACAAUAACCCUGAAAACAUUGCUGGAAUCCGUACGUCAAACCUAAGCAUUGCGGAAAAGCCACGGAGGCAGCACAGCUUAGCCAGCCUGCAUAGCCAUUUCAUCAACCCGGCUCACGUUGAUACUAAAUCACAGUACUCGCCAUCCAACAGCCAUGAUAAGGAUAGCUACGGUGGUGGUGGGAUCGGACGGACGCAUCGGACACUUUCGUCAGAGUCCGGCCUGUUUCAAGCACAGGCCAAACCCUGGAAUGGGGUCAACAGCGAGAUGAGAUCUGUACUUGCUCGCAAAGCCACGAUCAAGGAUUCAACUUUAGUAUGAAUGGUAACUAAU